UUUCCACGGCUCCAUCUUGAUGCGCCUCCUAUCCCCUUCUUCGACCAAACGAUCAUCGCUUCUCCUCCUCUCCUCCACCCUCUUACUCACACGACCCUUUACGGCAUCCGCAUCUGCUCUAUCACACAUGACUUCUCCACCCUCUACACUGCCUGAGCAGUCGCCCUUUUCAGCUUUCUCCAAGACGCUCCAGGAGCAAUUGGGAAAGCAGGGCUUCAAUCUCAAUGAGCAGACGCAGCCCGAGAUGACGCCACAGACGGAGCAGAGGAUUGCCGAUGCUCAGGCUCUCUUCCAGUCAAAGGUCACUCUGGACAUUAUCAAGAGAAGCUGGUCUCCCACUGGUGUAUUCGAGGACCCAAUCGCCUACACAAAGGGAUUCCGUCAGUACGCCGCCCAAUGGUGGGGCAUGAAGGUCUUCAACAAAUCCGAGACGCUUGCCUGGCGUCUCGUCUCCUCUUCUCCCACCGAAAUCCUCUAUGCGCAGAAGCACAUCUAUGCAAAAUUCGGCAUGGAAAAGGUCAUGCACUCGACCGUCUGGAUGAAGCUCGAUGACACGGGACGUAUUGCGCAUUUCCAGGAUAGGUGGGACGGAAAGGAUAUGCCAGGCUGGUGGGCUUGGGGAUUCAGGAGACUCAAUGCUCUGACGCUGCCGCUGUUCAUGAGUGUGCCCAGCAAGGUGCACCCUGACAUGGCAGAGGGCAACGGACCCAAGGGAAGGAGUGAGCUAUAAUUCACCACAGCCUGGACGAUGUGAGCAUGGUCUGUAACGGACGUGGUGGGAGAGUUAGGUACUGGAGAAAGGGGAUAGAGGAAGGGACUUCGAAGGGCAGAAAUCUCAACAAAUCUCAACAAAUCACUAUGUACAAGCAAGCGAAAGCAAAGGCAUUGAAGACCACUGGGAAUGUCAAUAUUUCUACAUUUUCGAAAUAACGUGAAGUCUGUCUGCUCCUCUGACGUACUGUAGAGGCCGACAUUCCUUC